AGAGCCGGGAGCCGGAUGGGAAGAGGAAGGGAAACUGCCGGGGGGAGGGACGGGAGAGCUCCGGGAGAAAUCCGGGAGAGCUCCGGGAGAGCUUCGGGAGAAAUCCGGCGGAUCCCGCAGCUCCGGGAGCCCCCGGCGAGCCCGGGCCCGGGCAGGAUGUUCCCCCGGCGGGGCCGCAGGAGGGGCGUCCCCAGGGAGCCCGGGCCGUGGUGGGACGGGCCACGGCCGUGUCCCCCUCCCGGCCACGAGGACACCUGGGACGGGCCACCCUGGGACGGGCCACCCUGGGACGGGCCACCCUGGGAUGAGCCACCCUGGGAGCACCAGGACAGGAUGGGUCAGCCCAGGGGCCCCGGACAUUUCCCGUGGAAGGAGGAGGAGGACAGGAGCUGGGGACCCCACGAGUGUCCCCCACGGCCGCCCUGGGAUGACAGAGAAGACUUCCAAGGAUUUCAGGACGGCUUUGAGGAGUGCUGGUACCUGGAUCCGCCGCCUGAUCCCUGGCCAGAAUUCCCCGAGGAGGAGCAGCGCCCACCCUGGCCCCCCGCCGGCCCUCCACGGAAUCCCGGAGCUGUCCCGCCCUGGAGCCAGCCUGGCAGACGCCGCCCCCGCAGGAGCCGCCCCCGGCAGCUGACCCAGAUCCCGCGGGCGUGGUGCCCCCGAGCCCCCCGAGCCCCCCGAGGGCACCGGCCGCACUCCAAGCCAUCUCCUGCCCCCUCCAAGCGGAGCCAGCCGGCGGCCGGGAAGGAGCUGCAGCCCCCGGGUGCCCCCCAGCCCCCCGCUGCCCCCCGAGGUGCUGCGGAGGGGCCGGAGCAGCCGCAGGAUGUGCCAGCGGGCAGUGGGGAUGUCCUGGAGCCCCCCGGGCUGGCUGGGAGCCCUCUGCAGAGCCCGGCUGACGACCCCGGCGCCGCGGAGCCGCCGGUGGAGCUGGACGCUGUGGGCAGCCAGGAGCAGGAUCCCUGUGCCUUGGGAACAGAUCCAGCCCCUCCUGAGAUCUCCACCGAGGAGAUCUGCAGCUAUCCUGAGAUCCAGGAGCCCCUGGAGGCAGAGCCUGGAGGGAGGCACAGGGGGACAAACCCUUUGUCCCCUGUAACGCUGGCACAGGUAGAGCCGUGCAGUCCCGGUGUCCCCAAGGCUGGCACCGGUCACGGGUCACAUCCCCAGAGCCUGGCAGCCCCUCCAGAGCCUUCCACGAGGGAGCUGCUGGGAUCCAGCUCCUCUGGGGAGGCAGGGGCUGAGCUCAGCCCACACUCCUGGGAGCAGCCUCCGCGUGGAGCUGGAGAAGGCGAGGCGGAAGCUGCCCGGGAUGGGCCUCCACAGAGCCUUCAGCCACCCCAAAACCCUCAGGUCUCCCCGGGAUCUGCAGCAGAGCCCGAGGCCCAGCCCAGCCAGGCUGCUCCUGCUGCCAGCACCACACCAGAGACAUCCCCGUGCCCCCAGUGCCCGCCCGGCUCCGGUGAGACAAACCCGGCUGGCAUCGAUUUCCGCUCGGCCGUCGUCCUCGCCAAGACGGCAGAGAUCGAACUGUCCUACCAGCAGUUCAGCCUGAUGGUUGCCGUGGUGGCCACGAUGCUGCUGCAGAAGGAGCCCUCGAUGGAGGCGGCGCUGGGGCUGGCACUCAGGGCCAACCUCCGGCAGCGCCGCUUGCACCACCUGCAGGAGCUGGAGGAGUUCAUCAACAGCUACGACCUGGCCACCGCCAGCCUCUGAGGGCAGCCAGCCCCUCCUGGGGGCGCUGGGGGCUGUGACAGGGCAGUGACGGCGCUUUGGGGUGCUCGGGAGGACGCUGGGACGAGGUGGGAGGUGUUGGCAGCCCCGCUCUGUCUCAGGGAGAAGGAGGGUGAGCAGGGUGUGUUUGGUUUUAGCCCUGCCCAAAGCCCUGAGUGCAGCAAAGGUUUUAUUGGAAGGCAGCAGUGCCUCUCCUCAAUGGAGAGGUGGCUUUAGGUUUGAGGGGUGUCCGCAAACCCCAGCGAGUGUUUUUGGGUUUAAAUCUGAAAUAAACCUUGUUCUCUUUGCA